AUGCUCGCUUUUGCUGCCGUAAUCGGUGGUUUCCUUUUUGGCUACGAUACGGGUAUCGUCUCCUCCGCUAUGUUGUACGUGCCAGAUAAUAGUGGGAUGGAACCGAUGAAUUCGUUAUGGCAAGAGGUUAUCGUAUCGCUUACGCCAGGUGUUGCGGCGAUCGGAAGUCUGCUCUCCGGCACUGGCUCCGAUUUAUUGGGUCGAAAGAAGAUGAUCGUGUUUGCUUCUAUUGUAUUCACUGUUGGAGCAUUGAUUUGUGGAGCUGCUUUUAAUAAGAUUAUCUUAUUGAUUGGAAGGGUGCUGCUUGGACUCGCUAUUGGUUUCGCUUCGAUGAUCGUUCCCGUAUACGUGAGUGAAGCAUCUCCAGCCCAUAUUCGAGGAACAAUGGUCACUGGAUUCCAGCUGAUGGUCACCUUUGGGCUGUUUGCCGCGAAUCUGGUUGCUGGUGGAUUCUCUUAUAUCGAUCCGAAGAACGUCGGAUGGAGGCUAAUGUUCGGAUUCGCGGCCGUCCCUUCUGUCAUCCAAUUCAUUUGCUUCAUCUUUCUUCCGGAGAGCCCUCGAUGGUUAUAUGAACAUGAAAAGAAGGAAGAAGCGAGAGAGGUAUUGUCUCGUAUCUAUGCUGGAGAUACCGAAUGGAUCGACUAUGAAUUGGCAGAAAUUGAAGAUACGACCAGAAUGGAGAGAGAAGCAAAAGAGGAAGUCGCUGGCGGCGGCCCGGUAUUCUUCCGUAUUCUGGGAACGCCCCAUGUCCGAAAGGCUCUGAUAAUUGGAUGUCUCCUUCAGAUGUUCCAGCAAUUGUCCGGCAUCAACACAUUAAUGUAUUACUGUGGAACGAUUAUUCGAUCGGCUGGUGUGAAAGACAACCACAUGACGAUCUGGAUCUCGGCUGCUGUUUCGAGUAUCAACUUCUUCUGCACCUUCAUUCCAAUGGCCCUUAUCGAUCGAUUGGGGCGACGAGUUCUAUUCUUGAUCUCAGUUUGUGGUGUUAUUGCAUGUCUAUGUAUGAUGGCUGGUGCAUUUAUUGCUAUUAAUAAGGAUUCCUCCCCAAACUUCAAAGCUGAACAAUACAACGUGGAUAAUAUGUAUGAUCCAACCGUCAAAAAUGCCGACUUCUGUAGAAAGUUCAGUAAUUGCGAUUUCUGCGUGACGGCUGAUAGCUGUGGAUUUUGCGAGGAUCAUGACACAAAAACGGGCUGGUGUCUACCGUUUCCGGACAAGAAAUUCGGACAAGUAUUCCGCGACUGGCGCAUGUUUGAAUGGAGAUUUUACCGU